AUGUCUACGCGCUCCAAGCCUUACACUGUUGCUGACUACGGUCCAGCCCAACUCCCCCAGCGGUAUGGCAUUGACAAUCAAGCACGCCUGCCGGGCUAUCCAGAAAUCGGAUGGCAAUAUGAUGAGCAGUCUCACAAGGCUCGGUGCGCCCUCGAGGAUCAUGUGAGAGUAGCACAACAGACAAUUCCAUCACAUUGGCCCCAGCCAACAAGCCAUCCCCUUGCUUGGACUGCUGGCGACCUGCAAAGCCACGAAUAUACGCGACAGCUGACAGACGCUGACAUCCUCGAACUGGAACACUGCUUGCCAAUCUCACGGGGCACGUUCAAUGUCCUCCCAGCGACGACUCACGGCUUUAACGGUUGUCACAACCCUCUGCCUGCGCUCGGGACUUGGUUGGAAGAGAUCAGGUCGAAUCUCCACGAUGGUGUCGGGCUGCAUCUUAUACGCGGGCUUGAUGGUGAGAAGUAUACACUGACGGAAAAAGCAAGGAUCUUCAUUGGUAUAGCAAAGAAACUCGGUUUUGAGGUUGGGAGGCAGAACAUGGCUGGGGCGAAAAUAUACCACAUCAUGGACGUAACAGCAUUGAAGGGGCAGAAACAAAGACCUGUCUUCUCGAACGACGGCGUGCCAUUCCACACCGAUGUCAUCUGCGGGAUCCUUGGUUUGUACUACAUCAGCAUCGCGCAGAUGGGUGGUGAGCUGUCUCUAUCGUCGUCAUGGCGAGUCUACAACGAAUUGGCGUCGACGCAGCCCGAUGUGCUUCACGUCCUGUCCCAGGAAGAUUGGCCCUUUGACACGUUCGGGCAGCAGCCACCCUACUACAAGCGCGCGAUCCUUCACUUUUCCGCUGGUCGGCCAGUCCUCAACUUCUCUAGGCGGCUCUUGACAGGCUCUGAUGCCACUCCGCGCACCCCCGGCAUCCCAGCACUGACUUCGGCGCAAGCGAACGCCCUGGAUGCAGUCCAUGCUUGUGCAUCUAAGCAUGCAUUGAAGAUCGAUAUUAGGCCAGGGGAUAUGGUCUUUGUCAACAACAUGGCACUUAUGCAUGCACGCGCCAACUUCCAUGAUUCGGCACACAACAGCCGGCAUGCGCUGAGGCUGUGGCUGCGUGAUAUUGAGCGAGGCUGGCCCGUACCCCGGGGCCUGAUGCCGGAAUGGGAACGGACCUUCGAGGAUUUUGACCAUAUAUCUGAUCAUUGGAGUGUUGACUCGAUGGAAGAGGCCGUGGAGUGGUCCAUGAAGUCGGCAGAGAGUUCUUCUUCAUGCGGCUAGUCGAUCUCGGCGGCUGGCUUGGGGUCUUUUUGAAUGCGUUGACACGAAUAUCCAUUGUCAUCAGCACAUGCGACGGCGCUGGGUUUAUGGUUUGGUUUUGCUGUGGCACAUGGAGAUUCUUUCUAAUGUUACUGCGAUUCACGAGAAUAUGCCCCAAUUCG